AUGGAGUUCGAGCAAGUGCUGGCAACGGUAACCCAAGUUGUCGCAUACAAGCUUCCACCGACGCUCAACUUAAGCUCGUUUAAGUGCGCUGAUUGGCCUGGUGAGUGGGUGAUUUUCCAGGGCAACCUCAGCAUCAUCUCCAAGGGGGAGGCCUGCUCCGUCUCCCUUGUGGCCCCAGACACAGGCGCAGAGGCAGCACGCUUUCCCAUAGAGUACAAGGGGACAGUUCCGGUGGUUGAGAAGGCGUCGGACUCUUCGCGUUAUUUUGUCAUCGUGGUCAAAGACCCGACUGGAGCCAAGAUGGCAUUUAUCGGAAUAGGAUUUCAGGAGCGUGAUGGCGCAUUUGCUUUCCAAGCAGCCCUGGCAGAUCAUGGAAAGCUAUUGGAUCGGAAGGCCCAUCCCCCUGCGCAGAUAGUCGUGAAUCAAGACUUCUCUCUCAAGAGUGGUGAAAAGAUUAAGAUUGGUUUGGGGAAGAAGACCGGAGGCACCCCCUCCGUCCCGCCGGGAGGCUUCAAUUUUGGGGCGCCUCCCAAGUAA